UCUUCUUCUUCUCUGUGAUUUGAAUGAACAACUCUAAUAACUUCAUCCACAAAUUUCGUCACUCUUCUAAACCAAUCACAAUGGAAGACGAUGAAGAAACAGAAGAAUCACCAACAGAGCUAAACACGAUCAACGGUUUAAGCGGUUUUGUAGUGAUCUCACCAGAUAAGCUUUCUCUCAAAUACAAUGGCGUGUCCCAACACGGUCACGACGUCGGCGUUGUUCAAGCUAAUAAGCCUGCACCGUGUAAACGUCUCGCUUACUAUUUCGAGAUUUAUGUUAAAGAUGCUGGUGUUAAAGGACGUGUCGCGAUUGGUUUCACUACUGAUAGUUUCAGGAUCGCGAGACAGCCUGGAUGGGAAGUCAACACUUGUGGCUAUCAUGGUGAGGAUGGACAAAUAUAUCUUGGAAAGAGACAAGGUGAAGCUUUUGGUCCGACUUAUACAACCGGUGAUACAGUCGGUGGCGGUAUAAACUAUGAUUUGCAGGAAUUCUUUUUCACGGUAAACGGAUCUCUCGUAGGGUAUGUCUCCAAGUACAUCAAGGGUCCUCUAUUUCCUACUGUAGCUGUGCAUAGCCAAAACGAGGAGGUUACUGUCAAUUUUGGGCAAGAGAAGUUUGCUUUCGAUAUAAAGGGAUAUGAAGCAUCGGAGAGGAAUAAGCAACAUACAGAAUUUGAAAUGAUGCCCAUACCUCCAGACGUUAGUUAUGGGCUUGUGAAGAACUACUUGCUUCACUAUGGGUAUAAGGAUACUCUCCAUGCUUUUGACUUGGCUACUAAGAGCAUAGUUUCUCCUAUCAAUGCAGCUGAAGAAGAUAAUAUUGAUGUGCAAGGUACAUCCUAUGCACUGCAUGAAAGGAGAGUUCUUAGACAGCUUAUAGGGAAGGGUGAGAUUGAUGCUGCUCUUGCUAAACUUCGGGAUUGCUAUCCCCAACUUGUACAGAACGAUAAGUCAGAAGUAUGCUUUCUCCUUCACUGUCAAAAGUUCAUUGAAUUGAUACGGAUUGGAGCACUAGAAGAAGCUGUGAAAUAUGGAAGAACGGAGUUAGCGAAAUUUGUUGGUGUGACUGCAUUCCAAGACAUCGUAGAGGACUGCUUUGCCCUGCUUGUCUAUGAACGCCCCGAAGAAUCGAAUGUAGGAUAUUUCCUAGCAGAGUCUCAAAGAGAAGUAGUAGCAGACGCAGUGAAUGCAGCAAUUUUAUCUACAAGUCCAAAUGACAAAGAUCAGUCGCAUUCUCGUCUUGAGACACUUCUCCGACACCUCAUGGCUGGCUGUCUUGAAUUGCGGUUACUUAACGAUGGUCAGGGAGAAGUGCCCUCGCUUCACCAGCUUGUUAUGGACUACUAUCGGAAGAGGACAAAAAAAACCGGUUAGCUUAGGGAACAAACUUGGCUUUGCUUGUUGACGGUGGUUGAGUCUGAACCAUUUCUUCUGGACAGAUGACAUUAGCAGCAGCUAAAAUAAGCUAUCAACAUAAAUGGUUGGAAACGGUUGAACCUGUGGCCAUUGGAUUUUUUCUCUGCAAUACUUGUAGAACUGAAGCUGUAAAAUUUAUUUUUGUAGCUGGUGAUAAGUUGCUUAUUCAUUAAAGAAUCAAUAAAUCUAGUCCAGUCUAUUUUUACACAAA